AUGCGAGCUGGUUCACAGUCAUGCUCUUACACUUACACUAUCAAAGAUGACGAUAAAAGACUUUUGGUAUGUGAUGAUUGUUCAAGUUCUGUUAUUGUACUUUCUACGUUGGGAAAUGCACACUACACGGUUCAACAUAUGGCCCUGAAUCAUGGAGCUAUCUAACGAUGCGCAUAUCCAGUCGUGGCAAAUUGUUCAUACGCAUUGCUCGGUAAUAUUAUAUUCUCAACACGUGCAAUCAUGAAUUUUGCUUAGCUACUGGUAUCUCAAUAUCAAUAACACUCCCUCCUAACUCCCCUCAUAUUAACACGAUCAAAACCCGACACCAAACCGCAAACCCCCUCAUCCUUCUACCUCCUCCACAUCUAUAUUCCACCCGCCCCAAGAUUCCAAACUCGUGCAUCACCCCCAAAACUUCCCCAAUUCCUACCUCAACUCCCCCACCGGUCCAGAAGAUCCCGGGUGAGAGCCCAGUCUUCAAGUUUCUCAUUUUCGUAAUCGUCCAGGCGGACAUUGAUGGACAGCAUGUGUUAUUAUCCAGUAAAAGUAGGUCGGGCGAAGUGCGUCUCCGGGAACUUCUUUUAUACCGC